UCUGUCUCCUCUUGUUGUGCGGCCGCCUCUCUCUCCCUCUCUAGGUGUUGGGCCGGUUUAUGGACCGGAUCGGUUAUGGACAUCCAUGGUUUAUAACAGUUUUCAAUAAAAUUUAAAAUUAAGAUGAUAUGGUCUCAAAUCAAGAGAUUUCUCCGCAUAAGUUUUUUUUGGUUUCGUCAUUUGUGACCGGUUAUUUUUCUUCUGCCAUUUUUUAAUUGAAAUUAUUAACCAUUAUCAUUCGUGAUUGAAACACACUAUGUUAGGUUAUGUUUUAAAGGUUUUCUUUGAUGUAAAUGGCUGAAAAUCAAUCGAGAAUGAAAAGGAAGAAUGAAAAAUUGGAGAAUGUUUAGCGAUGAAUCCUUAUCGCCUAUUUUUACUCUUUAAAUUGUCUGUCUUUCACAUUCUAGAGUUUGCAAAUACUGUGUUGAUUGCAAGGUUCUGAUACCACUUACUCUGUUAAGAGAAAAAGUUAGAGAAACUCAAGUGCCCGAAUGCUUUCUUAUAUUUAGAACUUUUAUACAGAGUUGAUUAAAUAGACCAUUCUAAAGCCUUAAAAACGUUAAAAGUAAUUAAAGUUUUCAAAACCAUUAGUUUUACCAAUCAUACUAUGGUUUUCAUAAAAUCAGUCAAAGUCCCUGCAAUCACUAAAAAUCUAGUUUCUUUUGUUUUGUACAUGUUUCCCUACUUCAAAAAAAAAAAACCUGAGGCUUUAAAAAAUAGAUUUCCUUUAAAAAAGUUACGACCACAGAAGUAACAGCAAAAAUUCUAAACAAUCAAAAAUCAGACAACAACUCAGACUCAGGGCCGGUCCCGAGAGACCUAUUUAUAUAUAAAAUUUUUCAGAAAAUUUGAGAGUAAUGUUUCAUUAGGCUUUGCCCAGGAUCAGCCCUGGUCAGACUGCGCUUCCUACAAUCUAGGAAGACUUGUUCUAAACUAAAGAAUCGGUUUACUGAAAUUUUCUCGCUUCACUAUUAUCUACUUUGGUCGUGUAAUAUAAUAUAGAUUGGAGGGUGCCCUUACGAGACAACCAAGGUCCACUAUCUCAACGGUCAGGCACGACGGCCGCCGUCGGCGAAAUAGGAUAAAAAAAAACUAUGGCGUUAGAUAGGAAAAGUGGUUUCUGCCAGUCAAACUCCAUUUUCUACAGCAAACGCGACCCCAUGAUUCUCCCCCCGCCAAACCAACAUCUCGACGUCACAACUUUCAUCUCAUCGCAGCCUCACCGCGGUAAAACCGCCUUCGUCGACGCCGUCACCGGCCGUCGUCUCGGCUUCUCCGAGCUCUGGCUCGGCGUGAAGAGAGUCGCCGCGUGUCUUUACUCGUUAGGUGUUCGCAAGGGCGAUGUCGUCAUUAUACUCUCCCCAAACUCCAUCCUCUACCCCGUCGUCUCCCUCUCCGUGAUGUCGCUCGGCGCCGUCAUCACCACGGCGAACCCGAUCAGCACUCCCGGCGAAAUCGCCAAGCAGAUGGAAGACUCGCUCCCCGUUCUCGCCUUCACCACCUGCCAACUCGUCUCCAAACUCGCCGCCGCCGCGUCGAACGGGAACCUCCCGGUGGUUCUCAUGGACGGAGCACAAGCCGACGAGAAAGGCGUGAAGAUAGUAGGGAGCUUGGAGUUGAUGAUGGAGAAUGAACGGAGCGAGUCACGAGCCAAGCAUCGAGUCAACCAGGACGACACGGCGGCGUUGCUAUACUCGUCAGGCACGACGGGGAAAAGCAAAGGAGUAAUGAUAACGCACCGCAACCUAAUCGCGCUGGUACAAACGUACCGGCUCCGGUUCGGUUUAGAGCAGCGAACCGUCUGCACUAUCCCGAUGUGCCACGUGUUCAGCUUCGGCGGUUUCGCGACGAGCUUGAUCGCGUUAGGAUGGACGACAAUGGUUCUUCCCAAGUUCGAGAUGUCUAAGCUUCUCUCCGCCAUGGAGGCUCACCGUCCCACGCACCUCACUCUCGUCCCGCCGAUGGUUGUAGCCAUGGUUAACGGAGCAAAGGAGAUCAACUCCAAGUACGACGUGAGCUCAUUGCACACCGUCGUAGCUGGAGGAGCUCCUCUGAGUAGAGAGGUGAUCGAGAAGUUCGUCAAGAACUACCCGAACGUUAAAGUUCUACAAGGUUAUGGUUUAACUGAGACGACGGCUAUAGUUGCUACUAUGUUUACUAAAGAGGAGACGGAGAGGUACGGUUCCUCUGGUUUGCUUUCUCCAAAUGUGGAGGCUAAGAUUGUGGAUCCGGAGACGGGUCGGUUAUUGGGUGUGGAUCAGACCGGUGAGCUCUGGCUCCGGAGCCCCACUGUGAUGAAAGGUUAUUACAAGAAUGAAGAAGCUACUGCAGAAACUAUAGAUUCAGAAGGGUGGUUGAAGACUGGUGACUUGUGUUACAUUGAUUGUGAAGGUUUUGUUUUUGUUGUUGAUAGAUUAAAGGAGCUGAUCAAAUGCAAUGGUUAUCAGGUUGCUCCAGCUGAACUAGAGGCAUUGUUGCUUGCUCAUCCAGAGAUUGAUGACGCAGCAGUAAUACCCAUCCCUGAUGAGAAAGCUGGGCAGUAUCCAAUGGCGUAUAUCGUAAGAAAAGCUGGAAGUAACUUAUCCGAGAGUGAAAUCAUGGGCUUCGUUGCAAAACAGGUAUCGCGGUACAAGAAGAUACGCAAAGUCGUAUUUUUAGGUUCGAUCCCCAAAAAUCCAUCUGGCAAGAUUUUGAGAAGAGAACUUAAAAAGCUCACAACUUCAAAACUCUAGCAGGAAGCUGUGUCCACCAUCAUUAUCUCGUACUUCACCGUUAGUUAACUCGUUUAUUUGGCUAACCGAUUAUUGACUUCCUCUAUAGAAGUCUCUGAGUAAACUGAAUAUUGCUUAUUAAGUGUACUGAAAAUGCUAAUCAGAAAAAAUGAUUGUCAGACUC